UUAUCCAGGUCCCGCCCACUCUGAUCCCUGAUUGGCUGUCGCGGUUUCCUCUCAGCAGCUGAUUGGCUGUUUCCGCGUUUGAGUGUAUUCCGGAGCAGAAACAGGAAACAGACCGUUGCUAAACUGUUGCUAAAGGAUGUAUUUAAUGUUUAUUUUCUGAGCUGUUGAUUGUUUAACUGAUUUUAUUUGGCCAUGAGAAGAGUCACACUGUUUGUCAACGGAACCUCCUCAAAUGGAAAGGUGGUGGCUGUGUUCGGCUCUCUGGAGGAUCUUCUGUCCGCUGCCAGCUCUAAACUGGGCAUCAAAGUCUCGCGAGUUUACAACGAGAACCGCGGCCUGAUAGACGACAUCACUUUGAUCAGAGACGAUGAUGUUCUGUACGUCUCAGAGGAAGACCCGUCUGAAGACCCUCAGGAUGACCUCACUGACCCUGAGAAGGAUCAGACUCACACCGAUUGGCUGACGCUCAAUGUGGGCGGGCGCUGCUUCACCACCACCAGGAGUACGCUGGUCAGUAAAGAGCCAGAGAGCAUGCUGGCCCACAUGUUCAGAGAGAAAGAUGUUUGGGGGAAUAAACGAGAUUCCAAAGGAGCGUUUCUGAUCGACCGCAGCCCGGAUUACUUUGAACCCAUUCUGAACUUCCUGAGACACGGACAGCUGAUCAUCAACGAGGGCAUCAACCCACUGGGUGUUCUGGAAGAGGCUCGUUUCUUCGGGAUCGAACAGCUGGCAGAGCAGCUGGAGACCCUCAUCAAGUCCUCUCAGCCUCCUCUAGAUCACUCUCCUCUGAGUCGUAAAGAGUUCAUCAGAUAUCUGCUCGCCACCACCACCAAAUCAGAGCUGCGCUGCCAGGGUCUGAACUUCCACGGGGCGGAUCUAUCUCGUCUGGAUCUGCGCUACAUCAACUUUAAGAUGGCCAAUCUGAGCGGAGCCAACCUGAGCCACGCUAACCUGAGCGGAGCAAAUCUGGAGCGAGCCGACCUGUCGCUGGCCUGCCUCGACGCUGCUAACCUGCAGGGGGUGAAGAUGCUCUGCACCAACGCUGAGGGAGCUUCACUGAGAGGCUGCAACUUUGAAGAUCCUGCAGGAAUCAAAGCCAACCUGGAGGGAGCCAACCUUAAAGGUGUGGACAUGGAGGGCAGUCAGAUGACGGGGAUCAAUCUGAGAGUCGCCACGCUUAAAAAUGCCAAACUGAAGAACUGCAACCUGAGGGGGGCAACACUGGCAGGAACAGACCUGGAGAACUGUGACCUGUCGGGCUGCGACCUUCAGGAGGCAAACCUGCGCGGCUCCAACGUGAAGGGAGCCAUCUUUGAGGAGAUGCUGACCCCCCUGCACAUGUCUCAGAGUGUGCGGUGAACACACACACACACACACACUUUCCUCUCUCCACACACUCCUUUAAAGACGAAUAAAUGCCACAUUUGUGUGUUUUGCUCCGAAACCGAACACCAACAGGCGUCGAAACGUUUGAUUAGUAUCCGUCAGAAAUAUGAUUUAUGAAUGUUUUAAAGACUGUUAGAAACGUGUGUGUGUGUUUCUGGUUUUACAGCGACGUUAAACAUGUUCCUGUACGUUUGUCGUUUCAAAUAUAUCCUGACUAAAUGUCCUCGAUGCAGCUCUGAUUGAUGUCUGAACACUGAAUGCUUCUUCAUCUUAAAGCUAAAAUAAUCCCAGAUUGAAACGCUCAAUUUCUAUUAUUGCAAUGAACAGAAAUAAUUUAAAUCAAUAUAUUUAAAUGUGCAAAAAUGAUGGGAGCUGUUGUUACAAAGGGACCUUAUUUUUAUUUAUUUUUUUCCUAUUAUUUGUUUAUAUCGAUUUUCACGGUUUGGAUAAAUUCCCAAACAAAUGUUUUUUUUUUUUUUUUUCAAUUUUUUUUUUUUCAUCGUGUAUAAAUUGGAAGAAAAUCCAAUUAACCCAACCCAGAAAAUAUAUUUUGUUUAAGUAUAAAAGAAGGUGUUUUAUUUCCCAGAGAGGAGGCUCAAAAUACAAGGUGAAACAAUCUUUUAAUGACCAAAAAUACAAGAUAUAUUGAGUCUUUGUGUGUAUUUUAAACAAGCUCACAGCUCAAAGGUGCGUACUGAAACAUGUCCUGCUCAUUCUGUGUUCAAACUCAAAGUAAGAACACUUUGAAGAACAGCUCGUAUAGAUACAGUAAAUAAGGACCCUGCAGAGCUUAAAGUCAGAUAUACGAAAUACAUGAUCGUGCUCAUCUAACUGCUGUAUUUCAUAUUAAUAAUGUACAUUUGAGUAAAUGUCCGAUGCUACUGAAUGUGUCUGUGAAGACGUGACGUGUGAAAUGUGAAACUGUCUUUUCUGCUGAGUCAUGCUUAUUUUAUAAUGUUUAAUAAAUGUUUUUCUUUAAA